CAGGUCCUUGCUACCACCUGUUAACGUGUGGGGGUUACUUCAGGUCAUUCACCUACCGGCCAACAUGGCGGCGUGCAGGCUCCUGACACGGGACAGUGCAGCUCAGCUUCUAUCCAACAUUGACACGGUUCUGACGGACUGUGACGGUGUAUUGUGGCAGGGGACAGAAGCCCUUCCUGGUGCUGCAAAAACUAUUGCCAAACUCAGGGAAAUGGGGAAACGCAUCUUCUUUGUCACAAACAACAGUACCAAGUCUCGUCUGUCUUACGUGGAGAAGUUAAAAAACCUGGGGUUUGAAGCUAAUGAGGAAGAAGUGUAUGGCACUGCUUACAUUGCUGCUCUGUACCUGAAGAACAUUGCUAAGGUGACAGGGAAGGUUUACAUGGUAGGAAACAAGGAGAUGGCAAAGGAACUGGACUUACAAGGGAUCUCUUACACUGGGGUUGGACCAGAUCCAAUAGAAGGAACUGUUACUGAUUGGAAGACUUUGCCAUUGGACCCAGAGGUGACGACAGUACUGGUUGGUUUUGAUGAACACCUGAGUUACAUGAAGAUGAUCAAAGCUGCCAGUUACCUGAGCAAUGAGAAUGUCCAGUUUGUAGCCACCAACACGGAUGAAAGGCUGCCUGUGGGAAAUGGACGAGUCAUCCCUGGUACUGGUUGUAUUCUGGCUGCUGUCCAUACCGCUGCAGAUAGAGACCCGGUCAUUCUGGGAAAACCAUCAAAGUUCAUGUUCGAAGUCAUAAAAGAAAGGCAUGACCUUGAUCCCAACCGUACCAUGAUGAUUGGAGACAAGUUGACUACAGACAUCAUGUUGGGUCACAACUGUGGGCUGACCACACUCCUGGUGUUGUCUGGGGUCACUUCACUGGAGGAGGCACGUCAGAUGCAGGCCAGCAACAGUAUAGAACAUCAGAAAUGUGUGCCACACUACUACCUGAACAAUAUGGGCGAACUGGGCGACAUAUUAUAGCAAAAAAAAGUACUGCUGUCAUGAAGGUUCAUCUGUGUUGGUAGUUACAUUUUUAAGUUAAAACUUUUGUUCAAACACAAGAUAUUGUUCUCACCUACGGCUUUCGAUCAGUCACUCUGGUCUUCUUCUGUAGACUUCAACAGAAUUCACAGUGGAAAAAUACUGUAU